AUGAGCUCUGACAGUCUCUUCAAACCAGAGAUGGACUCAGACCCUCAGGGCGAGCUUGCCGACAUGGUGGCAUCCAUGAACACAGCUGCCAACCGCUUGACCCCUCCUAACGGCUACAGGUCAGGAGCACCCAGGUCUAUCGUAGGCCAAAGGGCAUGCCUGACAGACAGGAAGAUGUCUCUGCAGGAGAGGGGGAGCCGUGUGGCCCGGCAGCCGACCAUCGAGACCAAACGGGUGUCCAUCACUGAUGCUGAUGACUGUCUCCAGCUCAACCAGUAUAAACUGAAGAAAGAGAUUGGAAAGGGCUCAUAUGGAGUGGUGAAACUAGCCUAUAGUGAAGAUUCUGAACAGUACUAUGCAAUGAAGGUCGUGUCAAAGAAGAAGCUGAUGAGGCUUUGUGGAUUUUUGCGUCGCCUGCCUCCUCAGGGGUCAAACUCUCAGCAGGAUCUGUUCCCCAAAUCCAUGCAGCCUUUGGAGAGAGUGUACCGAGAGAUCGCCAUCCUCAAGAAGCUGGACCAUCCCAACGUAGUUAAACUGAUAGAGGUGCUUGAUGACCCUGAUGAAGAUGGACUUCACAUGGCCUUCGAACUGAUGAAAGAGGGGCCUGUGAUGGAGGUACCCACAGACAGCCCUUUAACCGAGGAUCAGGCUCGCUUUUACUUCAGAGACGUCGUCCUGGGAAUAGAGUACUUGCACUACCAUAAGAUCAUCCACCGAGACAUCAAACCCUCCAACCUGCUGCUAGGGGACGACGGUCACGUCAAGCUCGCAGACUUCGGUGUCAGUAAUGAGUUUGAGGGGCCCGAUGCCCUCCUGUCGGGCACGGCGGGCACUCCGGCCUUCAUGGCUCCUGAGAUGAUGAGCGAGCACCAGCAGAGCUUCAGUGGGAAGGCGUUAGACGUGUGGGCGAUGGGCAUCACGCUGUACUGCUUUGUCUUUGGGGAGUGCCCAUUUUAUGAUGAGUACAUUGUUUCUCUGCACAAUAAGAUCAAGAACAUACCUGUGGACUUUCCAGAAAACCCUUCAAUAAGCGAUGAGUUGAAGGAUCUCAUUGAAAGAAUGCUGGAUAAAAACCCUUCAACAAGAAUCACCGUCCCUGAAAUAAAGCUCCAUUCUUGGGUAACCGAGAACAACUCAAGUCCUCUCCCUCUGGAGGAGGAGCACUGCACAGCGGUGGAGGUCACUGACGAGGAGGUGCAGAACAGCGUUAAACUCAUCCCCAGCCUGUCCGCCGUGAUUCUUGUGAAGUCCAUGCUGAGGAAGCGCUCUUUCAGUAAUCCCUUCGAGUGUCAGGGCAGACGGGCAGAGAGGUCCAUGUCUGCCCCCGGAGGUCUUCUUACAGGGUUUUGGGGCUUACUGGGGUCUUCGCCUCUGCCUUAUCCAUCCUCGAGGAAAAUCAGCAGAGAAGGGAGCAGAGAAGGAGAGUUGGAGGACUUGUAUGAGGAUGAAUCAUUCACAGAGACCGCAGAUUAAAGUCACAGGUUUUGAUUAAAGCAGCAGGGAGGCAGCAGAAAAGCUAGUUUUUGUACUUUUUUUGGCUCUUUUCGGUUCCCUUAUUUGCUUUUGUUCCAUGCUCACUGUACUCACAAGCAGACCUUCUCUUUCCACCUCUGUGCAGAGGAUCUUGAGAUUAAAUUAGUUUUAAAAUAGCACACUAGCUGUGCUUAAGUGUUCAAAGGUCAGAAUAGAUGUAAUUUUGCUCACUGUGCUUGUUUGCUGUUCUUAUUAUGGUUCUGUUACACCUGGCUGUAAAAUUUAUUUAUAGACUAAAAAUGUAAAUAAUAUCCAAAAAAGUAUUUUUAUGUUUUCCUACAGCACCUAAAAAAUAAAAGUCAUUCUAUGAAAAUA